UUUGCCGAAACAGUAAUGAUUGAUGGCUUUUUCUGGGACACUUGGUAUAGAACAGCUCAGCCCAAUGAUAAGCCAGUUUCAGAUGAUGAUAACAAAAUUCUUUACGAAAAUAAAUUGUUGGGACUACCUAGACUUCGACAAGUACGAGUACGACCUGAUUCUUGCACAAUAUAUGAAGAUUUUCAAAGAUCAUUUGAAACCUGUUAUGCUGGCUAUUCAACUUCUGCAGAAGAUCACACACAUUUUGGACCUGGAGACAGCAAAGCAUCUGAUUUCACUCCCGAAGAAGCAGACAGAUUUCUUGAGGUCUACGGUAUCGAGGAUGAAGAUGCAAUAAUAGAUCGUGAUGAAGCCAGAAGAUUAUUAGAAGAUAUGGAAGGAAAAACAAAUGAGGAAAUCAUGGAUGAGAUUGCCGAUAUUGAAGAAGAAUUACCCCCAGACUUUUAUGAAUUACGAACCCGUGUUGACCACAUUGAAGACAUUUUGAAAGAUUUUAUGCCAAAAAUGGUACAAUUAAUGCGUAUUAUUGAAGAUGUGUAUCAAGAAGAACAAGAAGAAAUGAGGAAGAAAAAGAAAAAAGCUAAGAACACCACAGAAAUAAUAAGGAAUACAAACAAAGAGAAGUUUAGCAAGAGAAAAAAAUUUCACUUCAUAACAAGUUCUCUCUUCUUUUGGAAACUAAUGAAUGCCAAGACCAUGAAUAUCUAUCAAAUAUUGUUUGUUAUAUCUCAGUAUAAAUUUAUAUAUUUUAAAUCUAAUUUGAGAAAAAAAAAUUCUUUAAAUUAUUUCACAAUCAAAUGGACCACUCCAUGGAAGAAGAAAGUUUUGGUUCUAGGCUAUCAGAUGCUGUCAAAACCUGUGAGGAAGACAAAGAGAAAUACAUUCACAUUCUUUAAAGAUAAAGAAUGUAAUUCCUUUGACCUGGAGGAGACAAAUGAUUAA